UCGUUUGUCAUGCUUAAUCAUUUCCUGCACGAUACGACCAAGGAACCUCUGAUAAAACCGGCGGAUGAAGAGCUGCCAGCUCCCCUGCGUACGUUCCUCGGGGUUUCCCCCGAAAAACCUGCUGAACCGGCACAACAACCAUCCUUAACUUCUGCUGACUUGGAAACACAAGGCCGACUGUCAUCUUGGUUUAAACAAAGUGAUGAUGAUCCUUUAAUGCCCAAAAGUUUGUCUCGAAAACAACGGCUAUUGGGAUUUGUUAUUUGUCUUCUGACAGCUUCGUUUUGUUUAUGUUUGGCUAUGGUAUUCCUUCCACUCCUUACCACUCCUUUUGGAAUGCGAAAGUACGUCUUACUGCACUCUUUGGGCAGUCUUCUUCUUAUAGGAAGUUUUUCAUUUCUAUGGGGACCGUGGAAUCACUUAAAGAGUUUAUGCACUUUGGAAAAGUUGCCGUUCACAAUCGGUUUCACAUUGUCACUGUUCGGUGGCCUGUAUGCCGUUUUGGCAUGGCACAGUGCUGCAUUUGCCGCACUCGCUUUAAUUUCACAACUCAGCUUGAUUUGCUGGCAAAUCAUCGUUAGCAUACCUGGGGGGAGGACUGGAUUGCAAGCUAUGAUUCGUGGCGGAUACUGGACAAUCAAAGGUGUCGCUCGUGGAUUGCCAGUCUGA